GGUAUAUUUACAAGGUCGUGACAUACCAACAGCCCUACUCAGACAGCGUGGCCAUGAAUACCAUGAGGUUCCUGGCAGCAGUUGCUCUUGUACUGGCCUGGUCCAACAUGGCGGAGUCCAUGUUCGGCCGGCAUCGGAGUUCCCAGGAUUCACGGUCACGGUCACAUUCAAGGUCACAGUACUCAUCUCAACAAUCACGUCCCUCGUUUCAUAUUACAAAAUCCGGAAUUGAAAGAGCGCUACGGCACUUACAAGGCGAGAUGAACAAAGGAAUGGAUGUUUUGAGAACUAAACUCGUUCCGGGGGCGCCGACAUCAAACACGAACUAUGGUGAUGGGUCACAGUCUCCCCAAAGUAACAAUCGGCAACCUGACAGGCAGCGACAACGGCAGCAGCGACAACCACAGCAAGAAGAACCUUCAGAAGCGAAUGGGUGGCUGUUUGGCAGUCAGGAAGGAGGUGAAACUCCAAACGCUCCCCCGCCUGUGCAACAACCGAAUCACCGAAACACCCAUUCGAGUUCGCCAAUGUCCGGCUCGCUCAUGUCCAUGUUUGGCUUAAACGUCCGGAAAUAAUUCUAGGGAAGACUCCACGUCCAAAUACACUGGAAGGAGUCUAAAUAACGUUGUAUUCCCUCUUGUUUGUACACUUCGGCUGGCAUUGUAUUUUAUUGAUUGGUUGCAAAUAGUUAAAGGGGAAGUGUACACGCAAAAGUUACUUUCUUUCUUUUUCUAAACAAAACGCAAUUUUAGAAUUAGUUAGUAUCUGUGUUUGAAAAUAU